GCCCACAGGAGCCCAACCCAGGCGGAGGAAACACCAAGCCUAGAGACAUGGGAGUUCCAGGAGCAUUCCACCUUCUACUCGUGUGCCUGAGCCCAGCACUGCUGUCUGCUGUGAGGAUCAACGGGGAUGGCCAGGAAGUCAUGUAUCUGGCAGAAGGUGACAAUGUGAGGCUAGGCUGCCCCUACAUACUGGACCCUGAGGACUAUGGUCCCAAUGGGCUGGACAUUGAGUGGAUGCAGGUCAACUCAGAACCCUCGCAUCGAGAGAAUGUGUUCCUUAGUUACCAGGACAAGAGGAUUAGUCACGGCAACCUCCCCCACCUGCAGCAGAGGGUCCGCUUUGCAGCCUCGGACCCCAGCCAGUAUGAUGCUUCCAUCAACCUCAUGAACCUGCAGGUAUCUGACACGGCCACUUACGAGUGCCGGGUGAAGAAGACCACCAUGGCCACCCGGAAGGUCAUUGUCACUGUCCAAGCACGUCCUGCGGUACCCAUGUGCUGGGCUGAAGGCCACAUGUCAAAGGGCAAUGACGUGGUGCUGAAGUGCUUUGCCAACGGAGGUUCUCAGCCCCUCUCCUACAAGUGGGCCAAGAUCAGUGGGCAUACCCACCCCUACCGAGCUGGAUCCUACCACUCCCAGCACAGUUUCCAUUCAGAACUCUCCUACCAAGAAUCCUUCCACGGCUCCAUUAGUCAAGGCCUGAACAAUGGGGACCUGUUGUUGAAGAGUGUCUCUGGAGAGGACAAUGGGUUGUAUCAGUGCACAGUGGCCAACCAUGUGGGCUACAGCGUCUGUGUGGUGGAGGUGAAGGUCUCAGACUCCCAGCGUGUAGGCAUGAUCGUCGGAGGCGUGCUGGGCUCCUUGCUCAUGCUGGCCUGCCUGGCGUUGGGCAUCUGGGGUCUCGUCUGUUUAUGCUGCGGAGGCAGCGGGACUGUCGGCUCCCGAGGUGCCUUCGGCUACGGGGUCAGAGACGGGGUCGGCGGCGGGGCCUGCGGCGGCGACUUGUCUAGUGAGAUCAGAGUGGACGCCGUGGCGCCCGGGUGCAAGGCCAGCGGGCGCGGCAGCCGCGUCACCCAGCUCCUGGGGUACCCGACGCAGAACGUCAGCCGCUCCCUGCGCCGCAAGUACGCGCCUCCGCCCUGCGGCGGCCCCGAGGACGUGGCCCUCGUGCCCCGCGCCGCCUCCGCGGCCUGCGAAGCGGGCCCCUCCCCGGUCUACGUCAAGGUCAAGAGCGCCGAGCCGGCGGGCUGCGCCGACGACCGUGGCCCGGUGCAGCAGCCGUGCAAGGACGGGCUCCUGGUGUGA